AUGAAGGUGGCCAUCAAGGUCGACACUCCGGCCAACGGGGACUAUUUCAGUCCUCUGGAGGUUGUCCGCGGCUGUGUAGAGCUCCAGACGUGCGCCGGCCAGCUGGGGAACAUUCCUAGUAUCAGCGUCUCGCUCCGGGGUGAAGUCAAACUGUCUUUCAUGCCGAUGAUGGGGCUUGAGAGCGAGGACAAUUCCAUCUUUCCAGUGCCCAAACUGAAGCAGGAGCACAAGACAUUUCUCAAUCUGUCACAAGCAAUCCAGCCGAAGCUGUCCACCAUCACCGAGCACGGCGACGCCACCUUCUCCGCCCCCUUCACCUUCCAGCUCCCCGACCAUGCGCCCGACUAUUGCCCAAGUCCCAAAUCGGCCCGUCUCCUCCCGCCCUCGCUCAACAUUGCCUCCGCCGGCGUCAAGAUCAAGAUCGCCUACUCCAUUGUCGCCCGCGCCCACCGACCUGGCAUCCUGCAUCGCUCGCACAAGGCCCGCGCCGAGUUCUCCUUCCGUCCCGCUAACGCACCAACUCCGUCCCUGCCCCAGCCUCCGUCUCAGUCUGCGUCUUCUCACAGCACCGCCAGCCUUAGCGCCGGCAGCACACUCCCCUCCGCGCCACCAGACCGGCUUCUUCUUACCGCCGGGGAGCAGCUGCCCGCCUACUCGCGCACGCCGCCCACCCCAGUCAUGACCCUCGAGCUCGCCAUGGCAGGCAACCCGCCCAUCUUAUCCGCCCACUCGCCGAACCCACCGCUGCGCAUCUGCCUGCGCACGUCGCCCGGGCUCAGCGGGGCCGGCGUACAGUUGCGCAGCAUCACGGCUCGACUCCGCGAGCGCACGCUGGUGCGCGGCGAGGUGUCUGCGCACGUGGACGUGACGUAUCAGGCGCUGUGGAGCAUGAGCGGCUGUCGCGCGCUGAACACGGAGGGGGACGGAGACGAGGUCGAGGUUGGGGAUUGCGGGAUCUGGGGGUGGGGGGAGUGUCUGGCGGGUUUGUUGCCGAGCUUUCGGUCGUGCUUCAUCGAGAGGGGGUACGCCGUGGAGGUGACUGUGGGCUUAUCGUUGUCGACACGGCGGGAGAUACAGUAUCUCGAAGCGGCUCUGGACGUCGUGGUCGCGGAGCCGCCACCCAAGUAUGGCAGCUAG